GAUGACUCAAGAAACUGAUGAAAUGCCUGGUACAGACAAGUAAAAUGUGAAUGAUGAUUGUGUCGGAGUUCAAACCAUUAGUGCUCAUAUAUGUCAAAGGUCAAACCAUCUGUGCUCACUUUGUGUCAAAGGUCAAACCAUCUGUGCCCAGUAAGUGGUAUUAUGCAGGCUAUUUACAGACUUUGAUAUUGUGAUAAAACUGUAACCAGCAUGUUACUUUAUAUUGUCAGUGGUGUGAUGAAUAUCAAUAAGGACACGGCCAUUAGGAGAAAUCUCAGAUAUUUUCCUGGGAGUCUGGACACGAAAUUAGAUAUGUUGUAGUUGUUCGGUUUUAUUUAAGUUUUCAGGUUUUAAAAAAUUGUGAUCAAAUGUGAUGUGUGAUUUAUAGGAGGAUUUGAUAUAUUCCAAGGAAUUUUAAAUCAUUCUAUUACCCGAGUAUAUGUUAAACGACAUUUGGAUUUUGUGGUGUAAUUGUUGCAUCCUUCAGUAAUUUCCAUUGUAACUGCCAAGGAACCAUGAAAAUAUAUCCGAGUGCUGACUGAGAGCUGCAGUUUUGUUGUAAAAUCAAAGUUUACUGCCAUUUUUUGUGAGAUUAAGCCACAUAUUGGAACUGGCUUGUGAUUUGUGCAACUAGAUUUUGCAUAAGUUGCGUCGUCUCCAAAGUCUAUAAAAGUUGACAGAUGCCUGGUCCUGAACUGUCGCCGAAGUACGUACGUACAACACUGCUUCUCAUGCUGACAUCACUACUAGUGACCUUGGUUGGAUUCUCCACCCCGGCAUGGACCUCAUCCCAAGUAGCCCUGCCAACACCUUUCGGAGAUGCUCUCACUUCCCGGGUCACUGCAGGCCUUUGGCGUGCCUGUGUGGAUGAUGUUUGUGGGCCUGUCAAAAUAGACAAUGGAUGGUUGUUAGCCACACGGGCGUUUGCCACGUUGGGUCUGCUUGCUGGCAUCAUGUCUACCAUCCUCUUUAUGCUCUACAUCUUUGUUGAUCGGACACACAAUGACAUCAUCUAUCUCGACAUCAUCGUCACAAGUUUGGUCCAAGUGAGUUGUAUCCUGCUGGCUGUGUCUAUAUACGGCUCCAACUCCUCGGUAAACCUGGCCUGGUCCUUUGCCUUUACUGUUGUUGGGAUGUGUUUGGAGUUCAUGGCAGCAGUCGUACUGAUUACAAAGAGAUGGUUCUCAUACGAACAUGAUGGACUUUGAUACUACUA